AUGCCCAACAACACCAAUGGCGCGCCCAGCCCCAAGGCUGACGCUGUUCCCGACGGGUUGGAAGUGAACACUGGCGUCGACUACAGUACAGCACCGCAGGCGUACCAGUCUGCGCCUACGCCACAGCAGCCAUACAAUGGCUAUGACCAACAUUACCAUGCACACACGCCCCUGACGAAUCAGACCGAAACGACAUACACUGAUAACAACCACUACAACCACGACUUACCGACGUCCGAGAAGAGACGCACCGAGGACGGCACAAUAUGUGGCUUGCGAAAGCCGACGUUCUGGCUCAUUAUUCUGUCCAGCCUGCUAUUUUGCGCGCUGAUUGGUGUGGCGGGAGGGCUGGGCGCAAUGCUCGCGAACAAAGACAAUGAAAUCGAAAGUCUCCGAUCGCUCGCUGACAACUCGACGAGCGCGACACCCACCGCCUCGCCGACCGCCUCGCCUACCACCUCGCCGACUGUCUUGUUGUCGCUCGCCUUCGAUCUUAGCCAACCAGCCGAGACGGGCACGCCCAUCGGGCUCAACAAGUGCCCGGGCAGCGGCGCGCUGCUGACGUACGAGGUGCCCGGAACGAACCUCACCUUCAGCAAGGACUGCGGCACCGACUACCUGUACAACGACAUUGCCCAGGUGCCCGCCAAGAACUUUGAAGAGUGCGUGCGGUACUGCGCGGCCUUCAACCUGCAGCAGCAGUCGCGCAGAGGGCCCUGCAGAGGCGUUGUGUACAUCUUCCUGGGCGAGCAGGGCGAGGACGCCAACUGGUGCUGGAUGAAGUACAACAAGAACACGGCGCAGAAGGGGGCCAAGGACUACACCGAGUCCGCCUGGAUAAUGUGA